ACAGGGCCCCCCAAAUUUUCUGAUAUGUUUGUUUUGCAACAUCAGCAAGACAGACGACACGAGAUAUUACAGCAAACCAAGACAUCACAAACUGUGCCGUUUGUCGGGGAGCAGGGCAUUGGCAGAGCCAUAUCACACCAUCACAGCCUGCAUUGCAACGCUCCCGGCCAAUCUCGUUUCCGACCCAUGCUUAACCUUGCCGCCUAACAGUGCUCCAAUGUCCCGAUAUAUAUAGCUCUUGCCCGACCAACUCUACGUCCCAUACGCAUCUUCUCUAUUAUCUUGCAGGAUCGAAAUAGCAAUGGCCUCAGUCGACUCAUCGCGCGAGCUCGUGUGCGCAAAUAACGCCGUGGACAACCCGGAAUGCACCCGGGUCGGGAAGUUCUCGUGCACGUAUUGCCUCUUAGUGCUAUACUGCGGUCCAGCCUGUCAGAAAAGUCAUUGGAAGAGGCACAGAGCGGAGUGCCGCGAUAACCCGCUAUUGAAGGCAAACUGGAGGCCGCAAUGGGAAGCGCAGAAGGAUUAUGUGCCAAGGUUCAUAGGAGGAGAGCAUGUCCAACCCUUUAACCACCGUAUGAAGUUUCUGUGGGGAAACAUGCCGGCGUUCGACUUGCUGAAGCUUGCGUCAAACGAAGGUGUUGAGUAUAACAAGAAGCUGGAUCUCCUAUUCGCAGCUUCUGGAGAUAUCCGAAAUGUUGCUCUAUCCGUGGUUUCCAUCCCAGAUAGUUUCAAAAGCCCUGUUCAUAUUUGCAUGAACGAUAGGGAUAUGGACGUCGUCGGUAGAAACGUCAUCAUGCUCCUCCUAGCACUGACGGAGGAUGACGCCGCCGUGGCAGCUGACAAUAUCCUUCAUCUGUGGUACUCGUCAUUUAUCACCCAGCCCCUCCACGACACGCUCAGGGGAAAGAUCCUCCCGCUAGUACAAGCUGUCUGCGCAAAGAUAAACAACCGGGAUUCCGAAGCCCCGCUUGGAAAAACCUGGACUUUCGGCAGAUUAUCAUUGCGGCUCGUAUUGCUCAAGAAGAGCUGGUUCGAGCUGCGGGCAAGCCUAGAAGUCCCCGCUGGCCUCACGCUCGAGGGGGCGCAGAAGAUUCGCCAGAGCGUCACGAUCGCCCCCGAGAGGGUAGACUAUAGAGAACGCGUUUACUUUGGCCUGUCACCUGGUCACCGCUCCGGGGCUCAGAAGUUCCGAGAGAGCGGAGUUCUGCUCUCAUUCGGUGCGCCGCGAGAUCUAUACACGAUACCUAACCCGACCAUUUUCCGAGAUACGACGAUUUGGCCGAUGAAGGACGACGCUGAUCCGAUCAGCGGUUGGGAUAUAGCGGAGGUGAUGAAAGUCCGAUACGGCCCAGCAACUAACGAUAUCUACGGAAAGAUAUGUUCCUUCAUUAGAGACGUUCUUCUCCGUUUCCAUCAGCGGUUGAAGAAUCUGGACCUCUCAUUUGAACUAUUUAACGUCGAUGCCAGGGAUCUAUCUAACUAUACAGGGUCACGCUUAUUCGAUCGUAUAGAGGUGUCGAAUAUAUCCGACAAGGGUUACCUGGGGACAGCCCAAACCCUCUAUUACAUUGGGCGUCUCCUCAAGCAUCCCUCGGAAAAUCCCCACGCCACUCUCGUCACCCUCUUCCUCAACGCGGUGGACGAGAUCUUCGACGAUGACGAGAAGCGUAAGGUUCUCGUGUCGGAGAUGCGCGAGGUGUGCAAGUACAUUACACCGUCGACGCCGAGGGCGAAGUACGACGCCAAUCUAAUAUUGUGCGACUUUGCAUUGCCGCAAAUCCGCGACGUCGACAAGUACUUCGACAGAUACAUGAAGACCAGUAAUUUCGACUCCAUUUGUCAACUUUCCGGCAUGAGUUUCAAGAAGAAACACACUAUCAUUGAUCCCUGGCCGUUGAGGUUGAAGAAGAAGCAUUACCAGAAAGGCGCCAAGGAAGACUUUUUCAAUCUCCUUGCGUCAACCCAUUCAGGUUGCGAAAGGUAUAUGGAGUGGACGUUCAACGUGUAAUUGCUUAUACAUUAUGAAACCCAUGCAGGAUAAGGGCCGGGGGAGAGGACGGUGCACUCGUUCUUGAUGCGUGAGUAUGUAAAAAAGGAGUGAACCAACCU